CCGUCCAGGGCAUGGAAACGGAUGGGUCCAGCCGCGUUGCGCGCUGCCCCGCGAUGUUCCCUGCUGGGCCUGCGUGGCCGCGACUCCGAGUCCUGCGGGCGCUGUGGGCACUGCUGGCGGUGCUGUGGGCGCCGUGGAGGCUGUUGGCGAUGCACGAGAUCCACACGUGCAACUGGCAGGUUGUCCUAAACCAGUUCACGACGGUCGGCAAGGAGGGCGAGAGCGACCGCUUCUCCGAUCAAGAGCCCCUGGACACAGUGGACAGCAUGUUCAGCCAGCUGGUGGACGCGCCCAUCAACCGGGACGAGAAAUACCUGGGCUUCCCUUACUACCUGAAGAUAAACUACACCUGCAAGGGCAAGUCCUCCGAGGCCCUGGUGCGCAAGGGCCACCUGACGGGGCUGAAGCCCGUGGUGCUGGUCACCUUCCAGUCCCCAGUCAACUUCCAUCACUGGAAGAUAGAGCAGCUGCAGAUCCAGAUGGAGGCGGCUCCUUUCCCCAACAAAGGGGGCUGCGCCACGGAGGAGGUGUGCGCCAUGAGCUGGUACACGCCCAUGCCCGUCAAGAACGGCAGCGUGCUCAUGCGCGUGGACGUCAGCAGCAACGGCCUGGGGCCCUUCGUUCCCAAGCAAAGGUUCCAGGUGAACAUCAACGGCUUCCUGCAGAGGCAGCAAGGCGACACCCCCCAGUUCACUGUGGGAAAUGAGCUCUUCCACCUGAUCCCGCGGUACUUUGUGAACGUGCCGUCGAGGCCCUUGUGGUACACGGUGGACCAGUCUCCCGUGCUCAUCCUGGGCGGCAUUCCCGAGGAGAAGUCCAUCCUCCUGACCGACACCAGCUUCAAGGACUUCUUUCUGGUGGAGUUGAGCAUCGACAGUUGCUGGGUAGGCUCCUUCUACUGCCCCCAGCCCAACUUCACCGCCACCAUCUACGACGCCAUCGCCACUGAGAGCAUCCUCUUCAUCCGGCAGAACCAGCUCGUCUAUUAUUUCACGGGCACCUAUAUCACACUCCACGAGAGCAACCGUGGCAGCGGGAGCUGGGUUCGUGUCCUGGCCAAGGAGUGCAUCAAGAAACUAUGCCCUGUGCAUUUCCAUAGCAACGGCUCCGAGUACAUAAUGGCCCUCACCACUGGCAAGAACGAAGGUUAUGUCCACUUUGGGACCAUCACAGAUGGCCGCGUGUCCUUCGAGUUGCUGCCCAGGAAGCAGUCCGUGUGCCAAGGGAUACAAGUUGUCAACUGCUCCAUAACCUGGGCCGUAUACAUGGAGGACCACCACCGCCUGCUGCUGCUGGUGGAGAUCGAAGACCCUGCCGCCGGGAAGCGUUUCCAGGUGGUCAGCUACGACCUGGUCAGUGAUUACCUGGCCAUCCUCUACACCAUCCCGGAAUUCAUCCCUGACGCCCGAGGCCUGGAGUUCCUGAUGAUCCUAGGAACAGAGUCUUACACCAACUUCCCUAUGGUGCCCAAGGGCAUGUCCUACAACCCAUACAACCACAUGCUGUUCAUCUGGGGCAACUUCCUCCUGCAGAGUUAUGACAACGAAAACUUCAUCUACCUGCUGGACUUCCCCAAGGAGCUGUCUAUCAAGUACCUGGUCAACUCCUUCCGAGGGGAGAUGGCGAUUGUCACCGAGACCGAGGAGAUCUGGUACCUCCUGGAAGGCAGCCACCGGGUGUACAAGCUGUUCCCGUCUGAGGGCUGGGAGGUGUACGUCAGCCUGCAGCGGAUGCAUCAGUCCUCUCUCCACGCCCCCAAUGAGACCAUGGUCACUCUCUUCUACGAAGACAGCAAACUGUACCAGCUGGUGUACCUUAUAAACGACCAGCAGGGCCGGCUCGUCAAGAGGCUGGUGCCCGUGGAGCAGCUUCUGAUGUACCAGCAGCUGGGCAACCGCUACGUCUUGGAGCGGCAGGGGGGCCACCUGACGCUCUCCUUCAGCAACCUCUGCCCCUUCACGGUGAUGCGCCUGCGGGACCUGCCCAACCCGCAGAUCUACACGCGCCAGGAGCGCUACCGCGCGCGGCCGCCGCGCGUGCUGGAGGCCUCGGGCUUCCACACCAGGAACUCGCUCGCCGUCUAUCAGGGCCUCGUCUACUACCUGCUCUGGCUGCACUCCAAGUACUACAAGCCAUAUGCGGACCCGGUGCACGACCCGACCUGGCGCUGGUGGAAGAACAAGAAACAGGACCACCAUUACUACUUCUACCUGGCGAGCAACUGGCAGAGCGCGGGUAACGUGCACAUUGACAUGGCCAGCUACGAAAAGAUCUACGACCUCAAGGCCGAGCACGAGCUGCCCGAGCGCAUCUUCCUGGACAAGGGCGCCAGCUACCGCUUCUCCAUCUUCCUGAGCGUCCGCGGGCACUCGUUCAAGUCGGAGGCCCAGAGCGGCUUCUCCUUCUACCUGAGGAGCCGGUUGGAUCUGGGCCUGGUGCUGGCCCACCCGCACUGCAUUGAGGCCGUGGUCUGGCAGGAGCUCCUCAUCAAUCGCAGCUCGGUGCUUUUCUGGGUUACCCUCAGUGAUAAGAAGGCUUGCUUUGACCAGGGCAUUAGUGGACACCAUCUCAUGAAGACCUCCAUGCUGAUUAAGGUGGUGGGCUCGGCCGGACACUGCUUCCAGAACACGUACCAGGGGCCGCGCAUGCAAGGUAACCUGAUGGUGCCAAUGUUCAUCGGCUGCCCCCCGGGCAAGCGCCUGGCCUUCGACAUCACCUACACGCUGCAGUACAGCCGCCAGCAGAACAAACACUACUUCGACUGCGUGCACGUGGACCGCGAGAUGCCCUGCUUCCUCUUCCGCGAUAUCUUCUACCCCUUCUUCUUGAUCCAAGAUUUGGUGACGGGAGAUUCUGGCAGUUUUCAGGGCAGCUACGUGCUGAAGGUGGUGGGCGGCGGGCCUACCCUGGACACCAUCAAGGAAUACAGCGAGGAGGACAUCUACCGUUACAACAGCCCCCUAGACAAGACCGACAGCCUCAUCUGGACCACGAGGAACGCAACGACCACCGAGGACCCGGCCUUCAACAUCUUGUCCCACCAGAGCUUGGGCAUCGAGUGGCUGUGUCUGGAGAACUCCCCAUGCCAUGACACCAUUCCCCAUAGCAUCUUCGCCCCCGAAUUCUUCUUCAAGGUGUUGGUGAGCAAUAGAGGUGUGGACAAGAGCACAUACUGUGACUACCAGCUCACCUUCCUGUUGCACAUCCACGGCCUCCCACUCAGUGCCACGCGGGCGCUCUUCAUCCUCGUGGUGUCGGCCAGCAUCUUUUUGGGCCUGGUGGUCCUCUACUUAAUCUUCUGCCUCCUGCUGCCUGUUAUGAUGAAGGCCUGCAACAUCCUCCGCUGGAAGAUCAACAACCUCAUCGCCUCAGAGUCCUACUACUCCUCCACCACCUCUUCCAUGAUCUUCAGCAGCGCCUCUAGGACCAGAUCCAGGAUCGGCUCGAGGAUCAGCUCCAGGAUCAUCUCCAAGAUGGCCGAGGAGAAAACGGCCAAACCUGAGUAGACCUUGUAGAAGAAGUCGCCGGCCUGAGCCCCUUGGCUGCCCCGUCCCCGCCCCCCCUCAGCCCUCACUUCCUGGGCCAGCUUGGAAAUGCAGCCUGUCACCCAUCCCAGGCCUUUCUUUCUGUUUUGCUUGAAUUUUCAUUUCUCAUUCAGACCCUAAUAAAGCCUCAUU